GCUCGACCUGGCAACCUGUUUAAUCAUAAAUCCCAUUCGAACAAGCGUCGGUCUGUAUUUAUAGGCCAUUUUGAAGCAGGGGCAUCGAGCAAAGAAAUCUUUAAUAGUUGCAUAGAUCUCCACAUGUACCAUGAGGAGUGCUGAGGUGAAGAAACUGAAAGUGAACGAGCUGAAAGAGGAGCUGCGUCGGCGAUCCCUGGACACCAAGGGGCUGAAGGCGGACCUGGUAGAGCGGCUCAAUGCGGCUCUGGAGGCGGAAGCUGCGGAGCCCGGUGGAGCUGCAAGGGGGACACCGGAGCACGAACCAGAGGAGGAGCAGCGGGGAGAUGGAGAGGAGGGAUUUGGGGAUGAAGGAUUCCCGAACAAAGAUCCUCUAGACAUUGGUGCAGGAGGAGCCCCUGAGGAGGAGAGCAUGGGGAUGGAGAGAGAAGAGUCGUCUGAUUCUGAUCUGGGCUUCAGCAUGCCUGACUUCACCGCAGACGUCCCUGUCCCUGUCCCUGUUUUCAAGACAGAGGAGAGCCCUGAGUACCACGAGACCGAAUUAUCCCUGGCAGAGCAGCAGCAGUCUGGGAGGAAGCAAGAGUAUGAAGGGAAGGUGGAGGUGAAGAAAGAGGAUGAGGAGAAAAAGGAGGAAGAGCAGCAACGUGAUCAGGAGCAGCCAGACCUGCAGCCGCAGCCAGAGGUGGGGUCAACCGACAAAUGCGAGGAGAUGAAGGAGCAGAAGGAGGAGCACAAGGCGGAGCAAACCAAGAUGGAGGAGGGAGACAGGCAGGAGGGAGACAGACAGGAGGGAGACAGACAGGAGGGAGACAGGCAGGAGGGAGACAGACAGGAGGGAGACAGGCAGGAGGGAGACAGGCAGGAGGGAGACAGGCAGGAGGGAGACAGGCAGGAGGGAGACAGACAGGGACGCAAGAGACCACAUGAGGAGGACCGGGGCGAUGGCCACUACGAGCACCGUGACGACAAGAGGUCCCGGUCGCCCCAGCCCCCUGCUGAAGACGAGGAGGAGGAGGACUUUGAUGACACUUUGGUGGCUCUGGACACAUAUAACUGUGACCUCCACUUCAAGGUGUCCCGUGAUCAUUACAGCGGCUACCCUCUGACCAUCGAGGGCUUUGCCUACCUCUGGGCCGGAGCUAGAGCAUCCUACGGAGUCAGCAAGGGCAAAGUCUGCUACGAGAUGAAGAUCUUAGAGGAGAUAGCUGUGAAGCACCUCCCGUCCUCUGAGCCUGAUCCCCAUGUGGUCCGGAUAGGAUGGUCCCUGGACUCCUGCAGCACACAGCUGGGUAAGGACAGCACACAGCUGGGUAAGGACAGCACACAGCUGGGUAAGGACAGCACACAGCUGGGCGAGGAAGCGUUUUCGUUUGGAUACGGAGGAACGGGGAAAAAAUCCUCUGACUGUAAGUUUGAAGACUACGGAGAGAAGUUUGGAGAGAAUGAUGUCAUCGGCUGUUUCAUUGACUUUGACGCUGGCGGUGAGGAGGUGAAGAUAGCGUUCUCUAAGAACGGGGUGUGGCUAGACGUGGGGUUCCAGGUGUCGAGGGAGGAGCUGGCGGGGCGCCCCCUGUUCCCCCACGUCCUUGUGAAGAACUGUGCCAUCGAGUUUAACUUUGGCCAGAAGGAGGAACCCUUCCACCCCCCUCCGGAGGGGUACAGGUUCAUCCAGACUCUUGGUAUUGGAGACAGGACCAGGGGGGCUGUAGGACCAGCCAGCAAGGCUGACUGUGAGAUCCUCAUGAUGGUGGGUCUGCCGGCCUGUGGCAAGACCACCUGGGCCUCAAAACAUACUGAGAGUCACCCUGAGAAGAAAUACAACACCCUGGGGACCAACGCCAUCAUGGAGAAGAUGAAGGUGAUGGGUCUGCGUCGCCAGAAGAACUACGCUGGUCGUUGGGACGUUCUGAUCCAACAGGCCACUCAGUGUCUCAACCGCCUCAUCCAGAUCGCCGCACGCAAGAGACGCAACUACAUCCUGGACCAGACAAAUGUAUAUGGAUCAGCCCAGAGACGAAAAAUGCGUCCUUUUGAGGGGUUUCAGCGCAAGGCUAUUGUAAUAUGUCCCACGGAGGAGGACUUUAAAGAGCGAACGUUAAGACAAACUGAUGAACAGGGGAAGGAUGUGCCAGAUCAGGCUGUGUUAGAAAUGAAAGCCAACUUCCUGCUCCCUGAGCCCAGUGACUUCCUGGAAGAGGUGAUUUUUGUGGAGCUACAGCGGGAAGAGGCUUUCAAUCUGGUGAAGGAAUACAACGAGGAGGGACGCAAGGCCGGCCCACCCCCCGACAAACGCCAUGACAACCGUCCGGGAGGGUUCCGUGGCAACGGCGGAGGCUACCAGCGCUAUGACGACCGUGGCGGUCCUCGCGGCGGCGUAGGAUACCAGAGUAGAGACGCAGGCGGAUACAGAAGGGGUAAGGAAGGAACAGACUCCUCCCCAGGCAACAACCGUGGCGGCUAUACCGGCUGGGGUGGGAACGGUAACUACCGUGAGGGGGGGUCGUCGGCUCCGAGGGGAGGGUACAACCGUAACCAACAGUCAGGAGGCUACAACCGCCCGGCGCCCUACAGCAAAGGGGGAUACAACCAGAGUUACAACCCCAGCAGCUAUAAUCAAGGCAACUACCAACAGGGUUACAACUACGGCAGCUCCAGUCAGUACCCAGGAUACGGCCAAACUCAGAGUUACAGCGAGUCUACGCCAGCUGCCGCAGGACAGACCUACAGCCAACAGCAGAACUACAACCAGCAGUACCAGCAGUAUGCCCAGCAGUGGCAGCAGUACUACCAGAACCAGUCUCAGUGGAACCAGUACUACGGCCAGUAUGGGAACUAUGCCGGCCAGUGGCAGGGUCAACAAGGUCAGGGUUCACAGGGGCGUGGAGGUCAGGGGGCAUCAGGUUCCUCCCAGUAACCUCUGACCUCUAACCUUUACAGCAGGGGUCAACGAAAAGCGGUUUAUGCCCCACAAUAAAAUUAAUUUUUCCCACCAAAAAA